CUGGCUGCAUCCUCCGCUCUUGUUUCUUCUUCGUAAGUUGCCUGCGGGAAACCGGACGCGAAAUCUUUCCGCCUCGCACCAUUUUCCUCAGAGGCACUGAAGAGCUCCCAGCGCUGUCGGUGGCUGAAGGCGAGGUUGCCCGCUGCUGUCCGAGAAUAUAUACAUUGAAGUUUGGGACAAGAUAUUUAUCCAACUUCUGUGUGAAAGUUAAAGACCUGCUAUGACCAUGAAGAAAGAAACUGAAUUUGUCAUUUUCAUCUAAAGAAAAAUGAUAGACAAAAAUCAAACCUGUGGUGCAGGACAGGAUUCUGUGCCUUAUGUGACUUGUCUGAUCCACAUAUUUGAAGAAUGGUUCGGUGUGGAGCAGUUGGAGGACUAUUUGAAUUUUGCAAACUAUCUCUUGUGGGUUUUUACACCACUCAUACUUUUAAUACUUCCUUACUUUACCAUCUUUCUUCUCUACCUUACUAUUAUUUUCUUACACAUUUAUAAGAGAAAGAAUGUAUUAAAAGAAGCCUACUCUCAUAAUUUAUGGGACGGUGCGAGGAAAACAGUGGCGACUCUGUGGGAUGGACACGCAGCAGUCUGGCACGGCUAUGAAGUUCAUGGAAUGGAAAAAAUACCGGAAGAAGGACCAGCACUUAUAAUUUUUUAUCAUGGAGCUAUUCCCAUUGAUUUUUACUACUUCAUGGCUAAAAUUUUUAUCCACAAAGGCAGAACUUGCCGAGUAGUAGCUGAUCACUUUGUCUUUAAAAUUCCAGGGUUUAGUUUAUUACUUGAUGUGUUUUGUGCUCUUCAUGGACCAAGAGAAAAAUGUGUUGAAAUUCUGAGGAGUGGUCACUUGUUAGCUAUUUCACCAGGUGGAGUUCGGGAAGCCCUACUUAGUGAUGAAACCUACAGCAUCAUAUGGGGUAAUCGUAAAGGCUUCGCUCAGGUCGCAAUUGAUGCAAAAGUGCCCAUUAUUCCUAUGUUUACACAAAAUAUUCGAGAAGGAUUCAGAUCACUUGGAGGAACAAGGUUGUUUAGGUGGCUUUACGAAAAAUUUCGCUAUCCAUUUGCUCCAAUGUAUGGAGGUUUUCCAGUGAAGUUACGGACCUAUUUAGGUGAUCCCAUUCCAUACGAUCCAAAGAUAACAGCAGAAGAAUUAGCUGAAAAGACAAAGACCGCUGUUCAAGCUUUGAUUGAUGAACACCAAAGAAUACCAGGAAACAUUAUGAGUGCUUUGUUAGAGCGCUUUCAUAAAAAGCAAAAGGUCAAUUAGAAGAUGAUUUAAUAUAUUUAUAUUAAUAUGUUUGCCUCUAAGAUACUGUCUUCUAAAUUUUGUAGGUCCUAUAUUUAGUAUUUUUUUAAAAUCAUGUUAAUAAGCAUCUUUUACAAAACUCAUUUAUUUAAA